AUAUAUUCAAUAAUACAAUUUUAUAUUAAAAAAAAAAAAGAAACCAAACAAAACAAUAAGAUCAUCAAAACUAGUGUCACUUGUUUCAAAUUGAUCGUGGAUUAUUCAGGAAUCAUAAAACUUGUACAAAACCGAUCAACAUUGUGAUAUUUUUAUCCAUGUAUUCUUGAAAAUAAUUAGUUACAAAUUUGUGGAUUUUCUUGACCACUUUCCAUCCACCCCAAAACAAAAUAAAUAAAUAAAGAAUAAGUUCUACUAUUCCAUCCAUGUGAGUCAGUAUGACACUGGAUAACUUGAAGAAGUCUCGCAUGAUCAUUGUGACAGUAGUGUAUGUUAGUCUCUUCUUAGACAACGUGCUCCUUACGGUGGUCGUACCGAUCAUCCCAGAUUAUCUUUGUUCACUCGAUGGAAAAAAUGGCACAACUGGUAUCGAAGAUGAAAAUGGGAGAGUUGGUUUUCUCCUUAGUUCGAAGGCUCUCGUCCAAUUGAUUUUAAAUCCAACUGUUGGAAGUUUCACCGGUGCUUUAGGAUACGCAAGACCUCUGUUUUUGGGCAAUCUUUCUCUUUUAUUGGCUGCACUUUUAUUUGCAUUUGGACAAACAUAUGAAAUACUUUUCUUGGCAAGAAGUAUACAAGGAAUAUCUUCAGCAUGCAUCGGUGUCUCUGGGAUGUCCCUUGUAGCUUCUCAAUAUCCUGAAGAAGACAAAAGAUCAAAGAUCAUGGGAUUUGUUCUAGGAAGUAUUGCCUUGGGUGUUCUUCUUGGAUAUCCAAUAGGUUCUGUUCUUUACGAUUUGGAAGGAAAAACGGCACCUUUUUUGUUGGUCUCCUCUUUCAUCGUCAUUUUGAUAUGUUUACAGAUAUUAACAUUGGAUAUUCAAACUGACAUAGAAUCAUCUAAUAAUGAAACAAAUUGGAGAGAACUUUUAUCAGAUCCAUUUGUUAUAAUAAUCGCUGGUGCAAUUUGGUGUUCGACGUCACCAAUGGCGAUCUUGGAACCAUGUUUACCAAUUUGGUUACGUACCCACAUCAAACCUAAGAAAUGGCAAUUAGGAACAGUCUUUAUACCAGACAGCGUAGGAUAUUUAAUAGGAACAAACUUUUUCGGCAUGAUAGCCUAUCGUUAUGGACGCAGUACAGUCGCCAUCUUGGCCAUGCUCCUUGUUGGCAUUUGCGCCAUUUUGAUACCAUCAGCAUUGACCAUGUCGCAAUUGAUAUUUCCACAUUUUGGAAUGGGUUUGGGUAUUGGUAUAGCUGAUGCCGCUUUGGUACCAUUGUUGGCCAGUUUAGUUGAUCAAAAUGGAAACUAUGGUCCUGUUUAUUCAAUCCAACAGGUCGCAGUAAGCCUUGCUUAUUUUCUAGGACCAAUCAUGGGUGGAGAGUUGGUAAGAGAAAUUGGAUUUAGAUGGGUCAUGAGGAUUAUAGGUGUUGCCAACAUAAUCUACUGUCCGAUACUUUUAUUUCUUGCUUUAAGAAAAAAAAGAUCCUUAUCGAAAGAGGAUAAAGAGAAGGAUUACGACACUUUUCAUAAGGGUCUGAUGAAAUACGAAAAGUUUCAAAACAUGGACGACGAUCUUUGAUGAGAAAUUCAACGCUAUUUAAAUUCAUUUUGGAAAAUUCAUUCACCGAAUUAAAUUGAAAUAAGAAAAAACUGUAAAAAAAGAAAAAUAAAAGAAGAAAAUCAUCAAUCUCUUGGAUUCUUAACACGGUAUUACUAUUAAAAUUACACGACGUUGUAAUACAUUCGAUGAUCUCGUCAUAUAUAAUAAAUUAAGAAUAUAUUGUUUAUAAAUAAUACAAAUGAAUUAUAUGGAAACUAAAUCUAUUGGUUGUACGUUAAUCUUUAGUAUAAAUUAAUAACAGACUUGCAUUUAACAAUUUUAAUUUAUAAUAAAAUUCUAUGAAAUAUAUUAAUGACGUUAAAGGUUUAUCAUCGUCAUUAAAAAACAAUAUCGUAGGCGAACAAAAUUUUAGUAUUUUACUAACACAAACACGCGUCUCCAAACGAACGUCGAAGUAAACCUAUAACGUGUAUCGUGUAUUGACGACAUUUAUCGAACGCAAGAGGGAUGGAUGUCUUCUCUUUAUUUAGGGUGGAUAAAAAAUAGAGGAGAUAUAAAAUAAGAUAUAAAAAAAAAAAAAAAAAA